GACCUAGUGCGAUUUAGAUUUGCGGUGCGCUUUGCAGAAGUUACCGGUCUGUGGUGGUUGAACAAGUGUCAAGUGCAAUAAUAUGCGAAAAGACUUUUAGGAAAUAAUAAGACAUAAACAUUUAAUUAGAAAUAUGGCAGACGAAAAUUUUAAUAUUGGUGAACAAAAUGUUGAAUAUCACUUGGUGACAAUUUUCGAAAAGUUGGAAAGUCUUAAAAACAACCACGACAAUUUGAAAAUAAAACCAUCUAAGAUACCGGUUAGGGUGGAAAUUAGGACCCUUGAAUUUUGGCGAUCGGUGAUUUCCGAAUGUAUGGCUAGUUUUGUAUAUGUUUUUGUUGUUUGUGGAGCUGUGGCUGGAGCUGGAGUUGGAGCCUCAAUUUCUUCGAUGUUAUUGGCAACAGCACUUGCUUCUGGUUUUGCAAUGACAUCCUUGACUCAGUGCUUCGGUCAUAUAUCGGGCGCACAUGUUAAUCCAGCUGUUACUAUAGCGAUGGGUGUUACUAAACAUAUAACUAUGUUAAGGACCGUCUUGUAUGUAAUUGCUCAAUGCGGGGGUGCUAUUGCUGGAACGGCAUUUCUAUACAGUGUUACCGUCCCUGGAUACCAAGCCAACCUUUCAGCCACAGUUAAUCAUUCUUCAAGUGUGGCACCAUGGGAAAGAUUCGGAGUCGAAUUGAUCCUCACAUUCAUAGUAGUUUUCUCCUAUUUUGUGUCCAUGGAAACUUACAGAAAAUGGAUGAGUAGUUCAGCUCUGACUAUUGGAGCUACUUAUUCGGCAUGUAGUUUUGUUUCGAUGCCAUAUCUCAAUCCUGCAAGAUCCUUGGGGCCAUCGUUCGUUCUGAACCGUUGGGACAGCCACUGGAUAUACUGGAUGGGCCCUGUUAUUGGUGGAAUAGCCGCUGGCGUCACUUACGAAUAUAUCUUCAACCCUCACAGGCAAAGGAAGCACCACAACGACGCCCAAGAUGAAGAAUCUUCUAGUAUGAGGUCUGACGAAGAUGGCUACGACGAUCUGGAUAAGCCAACUGUGCCAAAAUUUCAUGGGUCUACGUAUAACAACUACAGAGGAAUUGGCACUGGUGGUGGUGGCCAUCCUGGUUAUUGUGCUAGUUUAGCAUCCGUAGGUUUGUAUUCUGGACCUUCAAAACAACUCGAAAGAGUAGAGUCACUCUAUGGAGGAACUAAGUCUUUAUGUUGCAAAUCACCUCCGCUUACCAGGGCUAAUCUAAAUAGAUCCCAGUCUGUUUAUGCGAAAUCCAACACUGCUAUAAACAGGGAUGUUAUACCUAAACCUGGUCCUUUAGUUCCAGCACAAUCUCUGUAUCCUAUGAGACUGAACCAAACUAACGUUCACAAUCAGAAUAAUCAAAACCAAAUGCAACAGCACAGCGAAGGUCUUUAUGGCGUUAGAGGACCACCCUCUGGUACUUCGAGAUCGGAUAAUUAUUCCACAACCGAAAGGAUUAUGUACAGGAGAGACAACGAAGCGACCAAGUAUGAAGGAAGUGCGAAAUACGAACAGAAUACGAAAUACGAACAGAAUACGAAAUAUGAACAGACUGCGAAAUACGAAGAUAAUCCAAAGCCCUGUAGAAGUAACCGACCAGAGUCUAUGUACGGUGUAGUGCCAUCACAGCAACGCAGAGCCCAAUCGAGUCAGAACGAAGAGAACUGUUACAAUUGGAAUUAUGGAACUGCUGGGAGGAGUCAGAAUGCUGGCAAUUAUCAUAAUCCUGGGUCAUCGUCAAAUUUUCCCGGAAAAGCUCAACAGGUAGUUCAAAAUAUUCCGAAUUACAUGACCAGAAAUGUUAUAGGGUCAGAAGUGAGACAGUCGCCUCCAAGUCAAGCUGGAUCUAGCCAAGGUCCUCAACAUUCGCCAAAUUCGCAAUACUGAUAUUGGUAUGUUUAAAACAAAUUACUCGAUAUUGAGUUUGAUAGAACUCCGAAAACCAAAGAUGUAAGUUUGAGUUCAUUGGUAUAGUUGUUGAACGAUUGCUCAUUGAUGAGAUAACUGAGCAAUGGAAAUAUUGUACAUAUUUUUGCAAACUGUUGACUGAUAAAUUAAUGAAAUCAAAAGAGGAUGCCUGGUCUGCAUUAUCUGCUUUGUAUUUUUCAUUGAAAAUCCUUGUAUUAUAUUGACGUAUCAAUUGACCGUGAGUGUAAAAUGAUAUAAAUAAAUGUCUUUCAAAUUAUUACCAAUAUAUGCUGUAAUAUUCCUACUAUAGCUAAGUGAAUAGUUCUAUAAGUUGUAAAUAUUUUUUUAAAUGUCUAGAAAUUAAGUAGACGUAAGAAGAAUCUCUAAUGUUAAAAAAACAUUAAAAUAAACAUUAUAGUUGAACCUU